AUGAUCAACGCCGUGUUUCUUGAAAGCGAAAACGAAGAAAAGUUAUACAGCUCUGCCGAUUUCACUGAAGAGAAACUAGACUACAUCGCAGAGUUGCUGGCUACCACUCAAAUCUAUACCCGGAACAAGAUCCCAACGAUCAAGAGCAUCCAACAAGAAUGCUGUCAGAAAAUUCAAGAUGAGCUAGCUGCAGUGACCCAAGUCAACGAUAUUCUGGCGAGUCAUAAUUUGCCGCUCAUUGAUUCUGCCAACAAUGAGCGCUUAAAGGUGCUUGUCACGCGGUUGAGACAGCAAGAGCAGCAGCUUGCAUUCCACCGAGGGCUUUUGAAAGCCCAGCGAGAGCUGUCGAAUACUGACAGCGGAUAUUCUAUCGAGAACUUUGCCUUUGGCAGUACCCCGUUCCCGACGUGGUUGAAUCUAUUCACCCAGAAACCAGUGCUGGAUGUAUCGAAGGUAUCCGCAGGAUAUCAUUCAGUGAAGCUUACAAAUAUCAAGUGCAACAAAAACGAGCUUGAAGGGGUGCAACCUUUUUUUAACUUCAAGUUUGAUUCAUUCCGAAACCCGCCAUCUUGCGCACACCCCGGCAGAGUGAAGGUCAUGCCGCACGUACCCUCACCGCCUAAGACAGUGCUCAUCGUGGUGAACGUGUUGCCACUCGUGUUCGAGCGCAACGUUUCGUCUGCAAGUGGAUGGGAUGUUUCUUUAGCCACUGGUGCCACUGCCAUGCUGUACCGCACGCUCGUUAGGGACGCGGACAAGUACUCGCCGCUAUACAUUGGCUGUCCAGAAGUGUUCGUGGCCAAGAGCGAGGAAGCGGCACUGGAGAAGCAGCUGUUAGCAUUGCGCUGCGUACCCGUGUUUCUAGACCCGCCAGUGGCACACCGCUACUUCCAGGGUUUCUGCAAGGGCGUACUUUGGCCUGUAUUCCACAAUGUCGUCGACGUCUACAACUCCGCUGAGCUGCAAUUAGAUUGCGAAGAACAGGAGGCUAAGGGAAAGUUUCUGUGGUUUGGUGAGAAGAAGGAGGAGAGCAGCGGUGUUAAAAGCGCAUGGUGCGACCCCGUAUCUUGGAAUCCAGCCGCACAAGAUAUGUGUUGGUCGGAUUACUGCAGUGUGAACAGAACGUUCGCACGUCGGGUGGUGGAGAGCUAUCACGCUGGAGAUCUGGUGUGGCUGCACGACUUCCACUUCCUAAUGCUGCCGUCGUAUUUGCUGCGUCGACUGCGCACAGCAUUAGUGACAAUGUAUCUCCACGUUCCAUUUCCUUCGAGUGAAAUCUUCCGCUGUCUCGCAAUGCGUACGGAGAUCCUUCGUGCGAUGCUGUGUGCUGAUCACAUUGGGUUUCUCGUCUUUGAGCAUGCGCGACAUUUCCUUACGAGCUGUAAGAGGUUGUUGGGACUGGACUAUAAGACUUUUCCGAAUGGGAUGCUGGUCAUUGAGUACAACGGACGCAAAAUCCACAUCUCCUGCUCCCACGUGGAACCAGAUGUGACCCAUCUGCACGAAAUGCUUGACCAGAACGUGGCUGAUGUGAAUGGCGCCGCAUUGGACUUCGCUGCUGACGUUAAAAACGCCAUCACGGCAGGAAGAGACCCAGAACAGCGCCGUAUUGUUAUCGGCUCAGUUGAUCGCUUGGAAGGCCUCACAGCUAUCCCAUUGAAGCUACGUGCGUUCGACCGCUUCCUGGCGACCCACCCGGACAAACGUGGCUCUGUCGUCCUUGUGCAGAUUGGCAUUACACUCGACUCAAGACCCAACGACUAUCACCGCACACGUGACUACGUCUUGAAGUUUACAGAGGAAAUCAACCGUCGGUACGCCCCUCGUGGAGGUGUCGUGGUGUACUUUGAAGAAAAACGAAAGACCACGUGUGCUGAGCGAGUAAUUCUCUGGCGAAUGUGUGAUAUCUACCUCGACACCUGCGUCCGUGGAGGCCUCUCAUUACUCCCGUUCGAGUACAUGAUCGCACAGCACCGUAAUAUUCAGAGUAAAUCGAGACAUCCAACGGGUUGGAGCAGUCCGCGAGGGAAUCUCGAUGUAAGCGGCUUAGAUCGAAGCUUCGGUCUCAUGAUUGUGUCGGAGUUCAGCGCCUACAGUCGUAUACUGAGCGGCAGUUUGGCAGUGAACCCGUGGAAAACGGACGAUAUGGUCGCUGCAUUUGCUAAAGCUUGCGGGAUGAGCUACUACGAGAAACACAACAGGUUCUACAUGAACUACAAGUUCCUGGUUGGAAGAUCUGACUCGACGCCAUGGGGUGAACGACUUCUAGGUGAUGUUGAAGCUGUUACCGAGAAGAUGGAGGAUGGUACGUCGGGUGAAGUAGUGCAAGUUGGCUUUGGCUUCGACUUUCGCGUUAUGCGCUUCGAGUCAGGCUUUGUGUGUCUGGAUGUUGAUGAUCUGGUGAAGAAAUGCUCUAGAACAUCGCGCCGGUUAUUCAUUUUUGACUACGGCGGGACCUUGAGCUCGACUGCAAGCAUCUUGGAUGAAGAGGGGGCGCAAUUCUCACACCGCGCAGGAUGUGUGGAUCAAAGCAGUCAGAAAUUAGAUACGAGCGACCGGUCUGGCGUGGAUUGCACGGGACAAUCUGCUGCGAGAUACAUUGACGGAAAAGUUCGAAAGCCGAUUUCUGACGAGACUCGAGCUAAUCUGCAGACAUUGUGUGCUGAUUCGUGCAACGUUGUGUUUGUUAUCAGUAACACCCAGCGAGGGGCACUGGAGGAUCAGUUUGGCUCCAUUCCGAACUUGAACUUGGUAGCUGAGAACGGAUUGUUUAUCAAGAUAGGAAAUCGAGAGCACUGGGAGUGUGUGUGUGAUGAAGACAAACGGACCUUCGACUGGAAAGACGACGUGAAAAGUGUGAUGCAGGCGUAUGCGGCUCGGACAAAUGGCUCGUUUCUUGUUGAGAAUGCAGCGUCGCUGUUGUACGACUACCGCAAUAGCGAUCAAGAAUAUGGAGAGAUCCAGUCUCUGGAGCUAUGUGCCCAAUUGGCCAAGAUCGCAGAGCUGUCCAUGCUUUCGCUGAGAAUGAGCCACAACUGGAGCAUGUCGUUACCUGUACUGUCGGGAAAAAACCAAGUGGCGCCAAAUAUUAUGUGCUUCGUCUGA